AGCCGAGACGCACUGUCGUAACUGGACGAUCUAGCAUAGAAAGAGGACACGUUGUGUGCACUGUGCCCAUAGGUUUUAAUCUCGUCGAUUUGAGUGAGAUGAGAAAAUAAGGAUUGACCCAUUUACGAUCGAAGCAUUACUUGGAUACGAUUUUGCAGUAGCAGAUAAACACGUCGAAUUAAACUGUAUUUUCGUCGAUAUUUCGCAGUACAUAUGUACAUACACGCAUAGAAGUAUAAGAAGAAGAAAAUCAUAAAUUGUCGUGACAUAAAAAUAUGGCUACCAUGGGCGAGCCUCUCACUUUAGCAAGAGAUGUCAAGAGGUCUAUAGAAUUAUUAGAUAAAUUGCAAAAAGGAGGGGAGGUUCCUACAACAAAGUUAGCAGCAUUACAGAAAGUGUUACAAAGUGAUUUUCUUAGUGCAGUACGGGAGGUAUAUGAACAUGUUUAUGAGACUGUUGAUGUUCAGGGUUCGCAGGAUGUACGUGCAUCUGCAACAGCAAAAGCAACCGUUGCUGCUUUUGCAGCUAGCGAAGGUCACGCACAUCCACGUGUAAUCGAAUUACCGAAAACGGAAGAAGGACUUGGUUUCAACGUAAUGGGAGGUAAAGAACAGAAUUCGCCGAUUUAUAUAUCUCGCAUUAUCCCUGGUGGGGUUGCUGACAGGCACGGUGGUUUAAAACGUGGGGAUCAACUUUUGUCCGUUAAUGGAGUGUGCGUCGAAGGUGAAAAUCAUGAAAAGGCGGUAGAAUUACUAAAGCAGGCUCAAAAUUCUGUAAAAUUAGUAGUUCGUUAUACUCCACGUGUUCUCGAAGAAAUGGAAUUACGUUUCGACAAACAGAGGGCUGCUCGUAGACGUCAACAUAUGCAAUAAAUAUUAGUGCAAAAUAUUUAAUUCGCUAAAGAAAUGCAAAUUUAUUGAUUAUAAUGUAUCUAUACAUCUCUAUACAUUUAAACUAUUUAUGCUUUAUAGGUAUAACUUGACUAACGUUCAACAUUCUGAUAGUUGUAUUCAUAUUCUCAUUCAUCAAUAAAUGUGGUCUAUUAACUA